AUGGCGUCAACAGAAUCCAACUACCGCUCUGAGCUUUCGGGCUUUCGAUGGGCACAAGGGAGAACAGACGACUCACGGCCACAGAACACGUCAUCCGGACCAACAAGCUAUCUGUCGACCAUUACCAAUAGCAUCUCUGGCUACGUACCAUUGCGGUCGAACGAACGCACGAAUGAAGAAGAGGCGUACCUGAGCCUAAGUCGCUGGGAGAGAUUCCUAGGCUUCUUAGCCUGCAUCGCUGGUGCGGCGGUGUGCUUCUUCUUCAGCUUUAUCUUUCUUUCGCCGCCCAUUCUAGCUCUUCGACCGCAAAAGUUUGCGCUCGCGUUUUCGCUCGGCAGUAUGCUGUUUAUGAUCGGCUUCUCGGUUCUCUCAGGGCCCCUGGCGCAUCUCAAACACAUUUGCAGCAAGGAGAGACUUCCCUUUUCGAUUGCCUACUUUUCAUCGCUGGCACUUACCAUCUACUUUGCCGUAGGUCCACGCAAGAUGCUGCCAACGAUGGUGUUUGCUAUCGUCCAAGUGGGCGCGCUGCUGACCUACUUGGCGGCGUACUUCCCUGGAGGCACUACCACGUUGCGGUACGGUGCGAGCAUGCUGAUGCGUGGAGGUACAUCGCUUUUGCCAAUCUAG